UAUAUUUUUAUUUAUGUGGUUGAAAUCAACCUUUACAUGAGCAACGUGGCCAAUUUGAUAUUUGCCUCUUUUUAAUUGUCAAAUUAAUCACAAGUUGAACAUAUAGGAACUAAGGUCUACAUCUACCACAUUUAAAAUCUAUAAAUACUAUUGAAAGCAGCUCACCACCACAUAUAAAAUAUCAUCACUUACCCCAUAAAAAUGGAGAAAGGCAAUAAGGGAGUGAAGCUGGUUGGUUUUUGGGUUAGCCCAUUUGUGCAGAGGGUGAAAUGGGGCAUGAAGCUGAAGGGCAUCGAGUAUGAAUACAUUGAAGAAGAUAUAUUCAACAAAAGCCCUCUUCUCUCUCAACUCAACCCUCUCACCGGAAAAGUUCCCGUUCUCGUCCACGACGGAAAUCCGCUGCCGGAAUCCGCCAUCAUCCUCGAGUACUUGGACGAGAGGUGGCCCCACGCCCCGUUGUUGCCGCUAGAUCCUUACGAGAGAGCCCAAGCUCGGUUUUGGGCUAGAUUUGUAGAAGAAAAGAUUCUUGAAUCAACAUGGCUUGCCCUUUGCUCGGAGGGUGAAAUUCAGGAGAGAGCAGUGAAAAUCGCCAUUGAACAUCUCGAAAUGAUGGAAGAGAAACUCGGGGGAAAAAAUCGUUUUUUCUUUGGGGACGACACAAUUGGUCAUGUGGAUCUCAUGAUGGGAUUCGUUGCUUACAUGCUGCCGGUUUGGGAGGAAAUCAUGGCCAUCAAAAUUUUCGACGCAACGAGAUUUCAGAAUCUCGCCGCGUGGAAGAAUAAUUUCCUCAAUCAUCCGGUGAUCAAGGGUGAUUUUCCCUCCAAAGAUGAGAUGUUCACUUAUUUUCAGUGGCGACGUAAGGUUUAUUUAAAGAGGAUCUAGAGCAAUAUGUUGCAUAAUGAGUGAUCAAUUAGUUCUUGUUUGUCACGGUGUUGUAAGAGCUAUAGGGUGCGAUUCUAAUGAGAACCAUUAUUUUCAUGAUAACAUGAGAACAAAUAAAAUUAUUACAAUUGCCAUAUAAAUAAA